UUUGUUUUCAUUAUAUAUCUACGUUUAAUUCAUGCUCCGAAUAAAAAUUUAUGGAUUAAUUAGGUCGUAUACAUCAAUUUGUUAUAUUCAUUGUCUAUUUAUCUAUGUGUCUAUUGAAAAUAGAUAUUAGAGUUUCAGUUCAUUUAUUCAGUGAUGUAUUUAUCUGUCUAUUACCAUGACAAUGCUCAAAUAUAUGUCACAAAUUUAUAUUACAUGUGAUAAGAUUAUGCAUGAUAUCGGAUAGUGUAAAACAGAUUAGGAUGAAUAUGAAGUUGUUUAUAUUAUUAAUAUAUGUCAUAUUACAUCCUAUAAAUAUAUACUUGAACACUUGAACAUUAUACAAUAUUGUUAUAAUAUAUCACAUAGUAAUGAAAAUGUUAUUCCAUUGAAUUCAAAAUCUUUGAUAAAGCAUUUUGCAAAAAAAUUAUAAUGACAAGAUUAUCAAAUGUUUCUUCAUCUACACUAUCAUUACUAUUACUAUUAUUAUUAUUCAGUGGAAUAAAUUGGAUUCAUAUUAUAACUUCAUCACACAUUGAUUACUACAAUUUUAAGGUUUUGAGAAUACGAAUUUCACAUCUGAAUCUCUUGAAUACAAUCAACAAUUUGUACAUGAGUGAACCGGAAAAUUAUGAUAUCUGGUCUCUGCCAAGAACUGGAAAUAAUUCAAUGUACAUAUCAUUAUCACCAAAUGGCUAUGAAAAUCUUAUUGAACUUUUGAAGAAUCUAAAUGUUUCAUAUGAAAUUGUAAUUGAUAACCUUCAAAAAGCAAUAUUAGAUGAGAAACGUGAAAACCAUGUCAGAAAAAUUUCCAAUUUCAUGCGAAGUGGACGAUCAAAACCAUAUUAUAAAACUUAUAAUGAGAUCACUCAAUAUCUGGAAAAUCUAAGUCAGUUGCGUUCAUAUGUUACAGUUGAAAAUUUAGGAUUUACAGCUGAAGGUAGACAAAUAAUGGGAGUUAUGAUUUCCUUGGAUUCAUCAAGACCAAUAAUCUGGAUUGAUGCUGGUAUUCAUGCAAGAGAAUGGAUUGCACCAGCUACAGCACUUAGCAUAAUAAAUAAGCUGAUGAGACCAUCAGGACAUACAAUUUUAAAAAAAUUCCGCUUUUACAUUGUUCCAGUUGUAAAUCCAGAUGGUUAUGAAUAUACACGCACAAAGUUUCGACUUUGGAGAAAAAAUCGAGCACUUACAGAAGGUGAAGUAUGCAUUGGAACAGAUUUGAAUAGAAAUUUCCCUUUCAAAUGGGGUGUUGGAAAUGGUGCAUCACCACAUUCAUGCAGUGAUACAUAUAGAGGAAGUGAAGCUGCCUCAGAACUUGAAACUCAAAGUAUCAUUGGAAAAUUAAACUCAUUGCAUAAAAACAUCAUUUUAUAUCUUAGUUUACAUUCAUUUGGUCAGUAUAUUUUAACUCCUUUCGGUUUUUCAAGAUACAGUUAUCCACCUCAUUAUCAAAAACUGUUGUCUAUGGGUAAAAAGGUGAAGCAAAUGAUACAGAAUCGUCAUGGUUAUGUAUAUCAAGUUGGAUCUUCAUCUGAGUUGCUAUAUGAAGCAGCAGGAGCAACAGAUGACUACGUUGCUGGUGAAUUAAAAGUACCCUAUGCUUAUACAAUAGAAUUAUGUGAUGAAGGUCGUUAUGGUUUUCUUUUACCUCCAUCAUAUAUUGGACAAGUUGGUAGACAGCUUUGGACUGCAUUGAAUGUUCUUGCCAAUGAUAUCAGUCCUUCAUGAAAUAGAUCUAUAUAUUAAAUCUCUUAGUUAGAUUAGUGUUUUUUAAAAAUUUUCUCUUCACUCUUUCCUAUUUAUCAUUAUGUUGACAUUUUAUUCAAAAUAAUUAUAUUGAAAGAUGAAUAAGUUGGGACUGUUAGUCUUGAUAACAAUAGCCAAUUUUUACAGUUAUUUAUGAAGUCUCUGAAUGAUAACCAGAAAAUAUAUUGUGUUACACUGUUGUCAUUUUUACUUAUUAAGGAAAGUAGAAUCUUUUCAUCUA